GCCGAUCGUUUCUGAUUGCAUUGCUGGUACCAGCUUACCGGGCUACAGUAUACCUGCGACGCGCUGGCUCGUCACUGCCUUCUGUACAGCCGGCAGGACACUAUGAAGCGUGCAAUCGCCGUUCUGUGCAUCGUCGCUUCUGCUACGACCACUGUGCUGUCACUGCCCCAGGCCCCGCCUUCGUACGACAGCGUUCGACAGCGUAUACGGGAGCUAGCAAAAGAGUUCAACAGUCUUAAAGAUUCCUUCCACCCUCGACACUGCGCAGACCUCCUUCGCAACGGCCAAACCACAAGUGGAGUGUACACCGUGUUCCAUGAGGGCGCCGGCACUUCAGGACAGAAUGUAUCCUGCGACAUGGACACUGACGGUGGAGGUUGGACAGUUAUUCAACGCCGCGGACAGUACGGAAACCCUGUGUACUACUUCUACCGAAACUGGAAAGAGUACGCCGACGGGUUCGGAAAUCCUGCUGAAGAAUACUGGAUAGGCAACAUCGCACUCCACGUUCUCACAUCCGGUGAUGAGAAUAUGGAUCUGCGUGUCGUAUUGAGCAACAGCACGGAAGAAAGUGUGUCCCUUGACUAUCAGAAUUUCAAAGUAGCGGAUGAACGGCAAUACUUUAGGCUUGAACUGGGAGGUUAUGAAGGAAAAACAGGUUGGGACGCUAUUCGACCAGUUUCAGGCCAGAAAUUCUCAACCUUCGACCGUGACAAUGACGAUUCCUCUGCUAAUUGCGCGGCCCGCUACCGUGGUGGAUGGUGGUACGGUGAUUGUCUAGGUGGCAAUCUAAAUGGGCUCAAUUUGAACGGUCGCCACGAUAGCACUGGUGACGGCAUUGACUGGGACACAACAGAAGCUCUGUACCACUACUCUUAUCCAAACGUUCGCAUGAUGAUCCGACCUGGUAGCCCAACCGCUACAAGGCCUACCUAUAACCACGAUAUAAUCGGUUGGGCUCAUAGCAUACCCGAAGGAUUAUAAGCACAGUUCAUCGGUCGUGUUUCAAAGCAGAAGAAGCUUCUUUUAUCUUCUUUUACCUUGCUCCAGCAGGUAUAGCGAAAUAAGAAGCACGGAGGACUAGUAUGACGUAAUGGAUUCUUUCCUGCUUGUAUUUUUUGACUUUGUGGUUGUUCAAUAAACGAAAUCAGUCAUACA